CAUCAAGCUUAAUCAGGGCAAGGGAGGACCAAGGAAGUCUACUUGGUCAGAUUAUUUAUCCGCUGUAUGAUGAACACAAAUGAAUUGAUCACAUCACAACCAGUUCAGAGCAACUUUGCACAUUCAGGAAUUACAUGUCUGCAAGUGGACGGUGACAAAAUAUCAAAAGACACCCCCACUAUGUUUCCUAAUAACCCUGAAUGGGAAAAAGCGAGAAAAGCUUUAGAGGCUGCCGGAUGUGCUGCAGCUAAAGGACAAAGUGAAGAGAAGAACACAACAAUGGGGGUUAUCCCAGCUCCAGUUCAGCUGACUCCCCCACCCCCACCUCCACCCCCACCUCCACCGCCAAGUGAACCUAGCUAUCAGACUGCUGCUGAUACCUGGAAUUACUACCAGCAGCAGCAACAGUAUGCUAGCAUGUAUCAGCAGCAACAUUACAACUAUAGCAACUACUACGAAGGGGACAUGUACAACAACUUUGAUAAAAUGGAUAAUUACCAUAGUGAACCAAUUCAUCACAUGCAAGGGAACUCCUACGAGCACAGUCAAGCAUGUACAGCAUCUUCGCCUUACCAAACUGGACAAACAAGGCAUAUGAUGCCAAACAGACCUCAACAUGGCUAUACAGGCAUAAAUGGAUAUCCUGGACCAAGACCAAAACAGGCACCCGGGUCAGGUGGCAUUCGCUUCCAAAUUCCUAAGAGAUCUGCAGUAUCCCAAAAUAACGCUAUGAACCAACGAGCACCUGGGCCAAGAUACAACAAACCCCCAGCACCUCCCAAAGACACAGCUACAAAUGCUGCUUACCCAUGUAAUUCCAACAACUUGGAAAACUCCAUGGAAUCUGAGUGUGUGAACAGCAAUGCUCCAACACAGAAAGAUGGAGAUGCUGCUAUGGCAACAGGGGAAUGGCCACCAUCUCUAAAAGACUACGUCCAAAGAGCCUUUGCUAGUGCAACUCAAGAGUGGCAUAAAGAUAAGGUGGAAAGACUGUUAAAAGAAAGACUGACAAAGGCCUUCAAUGAUGGCUCUGCUUUCACUUUAGAUUGGAGCAAGGAACCAUUACCUGUACUUGAGACUGCUCCUCCAUCAGCGAGGGGAGAUUUCAGACAGAAUGCCCACGUCGGGUUCCAGAUGAUGGGAAACAGAGGGCGUGGACGACCAUCUCCAGCUAAGCGCCCUUUCUCUAGAGACCUUGUGCCCACAUACAGGCGAUCACGCUCCAGAUCCCGAAGUACCAGCUCUGGUCGCAGCAGGAGUCGCUCUCGUUCACCAAAUUAUAGAAGUCGACGGAGGAGAAGAUACUCCAGUAGCCCGAGUUCCUCAGGCACGGAGCGAAGCACUCCCCCACGGGGCAGCUCAUCUAACAGACGGACAUCGCGAGGACGUAGGGGUGGGCGAGGCAGAGGACGUGGCAAAGAUAAAACUCCUGAUGACAAAUUUGGCAACAGGAACAAUCAAGGCAAACGAAACAAGAAAGACAAAAAAAGGAAUUUUAAAAUGGACUUCAAUGAUCCUGACAAAGCUGCACGUUUGAUGAAGCGAGCUGCAAGAUUUGGACAUCAACUUGGAGAAUCUCGGAAAGAAACUCUCUCUCUGAGUAUCAACAAUUUCACAUCGGGGCAAGACAGUGAUACAGAAAUGGACUGGGCCUCUGUGCAUAUUGUUGGUACUUCUCAGGAGCUGGAGAAAAUGUACCUGCGGUUAACCACGGCUCCUGACCCACGGACUGUCCGCCCAGUAGAAGUGCUGAAGAAGUCUCUCCACAUGGUGCAGCAGCAAUGGAAAAACAAGCAGGAUUACAACUAUGCGUGUGAACAGAUGAAAUCUAUAAGACAAGACCUUACUGUACAAGGUGUGCGGGACAAUUUCACAGUACGGGUUUACGAGACCCAUGCUCGGAUAGCCAUGGAGAAGGGUGAUCAUGAGGAAUUCAACCAGUGUCAAACACAGCUGAAGAAUCUGUACUCAGAAGGAAGAGCAGGCAAUUGUAUAGAGUUUACAGCAUACAGAAUACUUUACUACAUUUUCACAGCUAACACAUUAGAUCUGAACACAUGUCUGGCUAGUUUAAAAGCAGAAGACCAUGAGGAUGAGUGUAUCAAACAUGCCUUAGCUGUUCGCUCAGCUUGCUCUUUAAACAAUUAUGUCAAAUUCUUCAAAUUAUAUACCGUGGCUCCUAAAAUGUCUGGCUACUUAAUGGACUGGUUCCUUGAAAGAAUGCGGAAGAAAGCUCUGCAAUCCAUUAUCAAAGCUUAUCGCCCCACGCUGCCAGUUGAGUUCUGCCAGUCAGUGCUUGUCUUUGCUAAGCGGGAAGAGUGCGAGCAGUUUUUGUCGGAACAGAGCGUUGUGUUCAGUGCCGACCGUACCAAGGUGGACUGCAAGCAGAGCAUGACCACAAUGUCCUAGCAGAG